AUGCAUGCUGGUUGCAAAGUAGAAAAAUUUAUUCGGAUUGGAACAUGGGGAAGACAAGGUGGAGAUCCUCAAGAAUAUUGGUCUUUUCAACUUGAACAAGAUACUUAUUUGUCGAAGAUUACCAUUGGUCAUGGUAAAACAAUACACUCUCUCACGUUCACUAGUAAAUAUAAAGGGCUUGUGCACACUUCUAAAACGGUUGGUGGUGGGACCAAUGGAGACAAUGUUAAUCCUGUGGUCACUAGUGAAUCUACAAGCUUUUUGAAUCUUACUAGGAAGGUCAGUGGUUGGGCCAGUGGACACAAGGUUUCUGAGGUCAUUCUUGCCGAUGAUGAGCAAAUAAUUAGCAUUGAUGGGAGCAUUGGUACUCGAGAGGGUUAUAAAACAAUUUCUUCACUAUCUUUGAUGACCAACAAGAGGACCCAUGGACCUUUUGGUAAAGCAACAGACACUCAGUUUACUCUACCAUGGGAAGAAGGCUCAUUAGUCAGUUUUUAUGGCCUUGCUGGCAAUUACAUUGACAGCAUUGGUGUCUUUGUUAAAGCUUAUGAGCAAAUCAUCAGAGUUGGAACAUGGGGAAAGACUCAAGAACAUAGAGGCUUGUUACAAAAUUCUAAACUGGCUGGUGGCUGGAAAUUAGAAGAGACGCCUACUGAGGUUAUGUUUGAUUGAGAUGAGGAUAUACGUGCCAUUAAUGGAACAGUUGGGCUAUCAAGGGGAGAUGAUCCUGGUUGCGUAGUAAUAACAUCAAUAUCAUUCGUGACAAACAAAAGAACCCACGGACCUUUUGGUAAUGAACGAGGGAAGCCUUUCACAGUAUCAUGGGAUGAUUGUUCUUUUGUAGCUUUCUAUGGCGCUGCUGGCUGGUAUAUUGAUAAGAUUGGCGUCUAUCUGAAGGCUACUACAUAAACUCUUCUCUUGAUUAUAUUAUUGUGUUCAACAUUUUCACUACAACAAAAGUACAUUAUUGUGCGUUUUUGCUAGAGGUAUAUAAGUCGG